AUGCUUUUCAAAGGAGUUUUUCUUGUCAUCGCCUUCUUAUCCUCUCUCGCCAUCCAUGCUGAGGCUGACGGUGGGGAUUGUAAAUCGACCAUGUAUUACAAAAAAUAUGAAACCUACCCGGUUUACAAGACGGAAUACAAAUACGAAACCAAAUACAAAACGGAUUACAAGACUGUGACCUACCCACUCACCAAGACGGAUUACAAGUACGUGACCGAAUACAAGACCGAUUACAAGACCGAUUACAAAUACGAAACCAAAUACAAGUACGAAACCAAAUACAAGUACGAGACCAAAUACAAGUACGAAACUUAUCCAGUCUACACGACCGAAUACAAGACCGAAUACAAGACCGAUUAUACAACCGAUUACAAGUACUAUACCAAGUACGAUGUCGAAACAAAGACUAAAUACGACGUCGAGACCAAAUACGAAACCAAGUACACCACCAUUCCAGUCUACACAACUGAAUACAAGUACGAGACCAAAGUCGAGCAUAAGAAAGAUGACUAUUAUCCUACUGAGAAGAAAGAUGACUAUUAUCCUACUGAGAAGAAAGAUGACUAUUAUCCUACUGAGAAGAAAGAUGAUGAAUAUAAAACAACUGAAUAUUAA